AUGUAUUCAGCGCAUAAGAAAAAUAUGCGUAUGUUUUCCGUCAGGGUAGGCUACGAGCUCAGUGGGCCAGGAAAGCCCGCGGUUUACAUCGCCCACAUGGUGGAGACCGUCGACCCUAACAUUUAUAUUAAGCCUCCGUUUGGGCUCCGUCUGGAUCGCUGCUCUUUUGGAUCCCUUUCUCUUACUAAGACAACGAAGAAGAAGAUGUCUGCAGCCCUAACCUUCGCCGGGAUGUCCCUUCACGGCGCUGGCCGACACAGGACGGUGGUGGCGGAGAAAUGGGCGCCGGCGGCCGCGGGGACGAGGGGGAGGAGUCCGUACGAGGUGCUUAGGGUGCGGGAGACGGCGACGGCGGGAGAGAUCAAGGCGGCGUACCGGUCCAUGGCCAAGCGGUUCCACCCGGACGUGGCUGCUGACGGGAGAGGGGACGACUUCGUGGAGAUUCACCGGGCGUACGAGGCGCUGUCGGACCCGGUGGCGAGGGCGCGGUACGACCUCUUGAUGGGGAGGUGUUGGCGGGGGGCGGAGCGCCUCCGAUCCAGGAGGUGGGAAACGGACCAGUGCUGGUAG